GAUGUGCGUGAUUACCCAGAAAGCUGCUUCCUGAGGAGGAUCAGAGCCAGCAUGAGCUGUCGGUAUCGGCUGUGAUCGGUAAUGGAGUCGAACCCGAGCUGCGCUUCUCCCCAAGGGGAGGAGCUGGAGGACGGAGAGAUCUUCGACGAUGAGCCGCAGCAGCAGAACGCGAGACCCCCGCGGCGGCCCCGGCCCUGCCGCCCGUACCGGAGAGCGCGUCUACCGGGGCCGGUGAUAGGCAGCGCCGCGGGGCCGCCGAGGCCCCCGCACCCGGCCUUUCCAUGCGAGCUCCGGCAGGCCUUCGAGUCCGCGCCGCGUUCCGGCUUCUGGGAGCGGAGUCACGGAGCGCUCACGGGCCGCUUCAGGUACCGCGCUCAGCGGCCGCAGGACUGGCCGCCCCGGGACUGGCAGCAGCAGCGCUUCCCGGAGAACCACCGGACAGACUCCCCCGGCAGGAAACCGCAGAAGAGUGUGCGCGCGGCGGCCCGCAGGAAUCCUCCGCUCAGUAAAAGCGAGCCGGUGGACGAGAGCUUCGAGGACCUGCUGCUGAAGUACAAGCAGAUCCAGCUGGAGCUGGAGUGCAUCCGCAAGGAGGAGCGCGCCGCCCUGGAGGACGAGGAGCCGCCGGUGCACAGGGCAGAUGGAGGAGCGGCGCCGCAGGAGUCUGUGGAGGAGCAGCAGCAGAAGAAGAGCUUUCAGGCCUUCAACAUCCGCCCGCUGAGGCAGAAGCUGCUGACGCCUGCAGAGAGAGACGCGCUCAACUGCAGAGCGGCGCAGGAGAACACACACGCACUGGAGAACACGCAACAGAACACGGACACGCAAGAGGACACGCAGCAGAAAACAGCGGACACCACUGCAGAUGACGCUGUGAAGGACGAGGACUCUGAAUCAGACCUCAACAUCUCCACUGUGAGUGACGACACUCCAGUCGUCAUCCGCAAGAAGGAGGAUGAGGACGAAGUGUCGGAGCUGCAGCUGCGUCUCCUCGCUCUACAGUCCGCCAGCAGGAAGUGGCAGCAGAAGGAGAAGCAGGUGCUGAAGGAGAGCAAGGAGAAGAUGGAGAGCAAGGAGAAGAAGACGGAGAAGAUCAGCUCAGCGUCUGCGGAGAGGAUCAGCCCGAGAGCAGCAGAGAGAUCCAGAGCUGCCAGAACACCUGUGGAGAAGAGCAGACCAGCCAACAGAGCCAAGAAACCUGCACACCUGACCAAGCAGGCUCUGAGGAAGCAGCAGUUGCGCACCUGGAAGCUGAAGCAGGAGGCGCAGCGGCAGCAGCAGGAGCAGGAGGAGGAGCGGCGGCGGCGGGAGGACGAGAUCCGCAGGAUCCGGGAUCUGUCCAAUCAGGACGAGCAGUACAACCGCUUCAUGAGGCUGGUGGGCUCCAGACGGCCGUCCCGCAGCAAGUCCGCAGACUCAGGGAAGCUGAAGCAGAGUCUGGACACGUCCGGCUGCCUCUACCAGUAUGACAACUAUGAUGAGGUCGCCAUGGAUACUGACAGCGAAACCAACUCACCAGCCGCGUCCCCUACCCAUGAUGCACUGCCCAUGUUCCCGCUGGAGUCCACACCUCACCGACAGGUCCAGCAUGGGGAGUGUGUGCGUGUGUUUGCUGCUCCUCCGCUGCCGCCGCUGCCUCCUCCUGAUGAAGACGAGCCGCCGCCGAAACCGCCGUUCGCUGAUGAAGAGGAGGAAGAGGAGAUGCUGCUGCGAGAGGAGCUGCUGAAGAGCCUGGCUAACCGCAGAGCGCCCCGCGCAGAGGGUGUGUCCAGCAUCAGUGGUCCUCCGUCUCCGUCUCUCAGGUCUGCAGGUCAGAGCAGGAGUAACCUCAGCACCGUCAGCCUCAACACCGUCGUCUCACACACUCGCGCGCUCAAGUUCAUACGCACGCAUCCUGCUCCCAAAGCCCCGUUUGUGCUGCCGCGGCACAAGGCUGUAGUGGUGCGUCUGAACGCGUCUGAUGACAGCGACUCUGAGGCCGAGAGCUGCGGCGCUGCGCAGAGUGUGUUUGGAGGACUGGAGUCCAUGAUUAAAGAGGCCCGGCGGACCGCAGAGGCAGCCAAACCCAAGCAUUCGGUGAGUGAGAAGGAGAAUAACCCUCUGAAGAGCGCUGAAGCCGGAGCCGACAGCAGGAAGAUGGAGAACCGGCUGCUGAGAGAGAGUGUGUGCAGUGUGGACCCCCUGCGCUCUGCUGCUCUGGAUCUGCUGGUGGCGUCUCCUGCAGGCUCAGACUCAGAGCUGGAGCUGAUGAGCCGAGCGGUGGAGCUGCAGGACAGGCUGGUGCAGCACAGGGCUCAGCUCAGUAAAGACGAGGCUCUGCUGAAACAGCUGCUGCUGCAGGAGCAGAAGAAAAAGGAGUCUCUAAAGGCUGCAGAAGGGAAGGUGCUGCGUCUGAAGGAGCAGCUGCUGGCGUCUGAGAAGAUCGUCAGCGCUAACAGAGUCCUGCUGCGCAAACUGCAGGAGCAGGUGCACAGGGUCCAGCACCGGGUGAGUGUGAAGCAGCAGCAGGCGGUGCGGAUGGAGAAGGGUCUGCAGCAGACUCAGGCCCCACUGAAGCGCAGAGCCAUCGCCACGGUGUACUCGCCGCUGAAGCGUGUGUGUGUGGGUCAGUCAGAUGUGCAGUACGCAGAGCUGAUAGCGCAGAAGCGGCGCCUGCAGCAGCUGGAGUCAGAGUACGCCCUGAAGAUCCAGAAGCUGAAGGAGGCGCAGGCGUUACGGCAGGCUGACCCGCGGCCCGCUGCCCCCCCGCCGCCGUCACCCGCCGCCCUGUACCCGCUGCCGCAGCCGUCUCUGCACGACCUGACGCAGGAUAAGCUGGCGCUGAGCAGCGGCGGAGAGGAGGAGGAGCAGCAGACACCCACUGCAGAGCCGCCCACCACCCGCCGCCGCUCCUUCCGGGAGUCCGGCUCCUCCACCCGGCCCAAGCUGAGCCCGCCGGAGCCGCACGCUGUACCCGCUGCUGUGCCUGUCGAUGUACCCGCUGCUGCCCCCACACUGCCCAGCGCCGCCACCAGCGCGCCCGCCGGCCUGCCAGAGCUACUGCCUGGACUCACGGUGGAGGACCUGCGGCGCAGAUACACACGCACUGCAGGAGUGGCGGAGCUGCUGCGGGACACGCCCACCGCAGAGCAUCAUGGGAAGGUCCUGCAGGUGGACUUUGAGCUGCCGCGUCCUCAGAGUCGAGUGGAGCUGAAGCCGGAGCCGUUCGGGGUCUAUCACAGUCCUCUGCUGGCCUUCAGGUCCUACAGGUUCAGUCCUUAUUUCCGCACUAAAGAGAAGCUGUCUCUGCGCUCUCUGAGCUUCAGCAACGCCAUCGAGCCCAAGAAGAGCUUCUGCCGCUUCGACCUGACCGGCACCUGCAACGCCGACGACUGCGCAUGGCAGCACAUGCGGAACUGCACCCUCUCUGAGAGUCUGCUCUUCCAGGAUAUCCUGUCCUACUGCCUGCCUCUGAUUGGCUGUGAUGACAGCAGCUCCGCCAGUGACAUCAGCACCGCCACAGAGAAAUACAUGAAGAAGCUGUUCGGGGCCAAUAAAGACCGCAUGGGGACGGACCAGAAGGCGGUUCUGCUCGUCAGCAAAGUCAACGAGAGGCUCAAACACAUCCCUCCGUUCACCACUCAUAAAGCCCAGAGGAGGUGGAGGCCUGAAGCCCAGAGACUGAAGACCCUCCCGGAGGAGGAAGAGCAGCUCACUGUGGGCCUCAGUGCUCCAGCGCGGCACGACGCUGCAGUGCCGGACCGCCGCUGCUGGACAGAUGUGUGUGUCACUCAGGAUGAUAAGCGCUACUUCGACAGCGAGACGGACGACAUCAGCAACCUGGAGACCAGCGUGCUGGAGAACCCCACACACACACAGCUGUGGAUCAAACUGGCCUACAGAUACCUCAGCCAGAGGGACAGCUCUGUGUCGGAGUGUCUGGACGCGGCGCUGAACACACUGUCGCGUGCGCUGGAGGAUAACGCUGAACACGCAGAGCUCUGGAGUCACUAUCUGACUCUGUUCACUCGCCGCGCCAGCAGAGACGAGCUGCAGGAGAUGUGUGAGAUGGCAGUGGAGCACGCGCCGCACUACAGCGUCUGGUGGACCUAUGUGAGUGUGGAGAGCAGGUUCGAGGGUAAAGAUUUCGUCGCUGCUCGUCUGGUGUCUCAUCUGCUGGACGCUCCUGAUCUCCAGCCGGACCUGCGCUCCUUCCAGUUGCUGGAGACGCUGCUGUACAGAGCUCAGCUGAGUGUGUUCAGCGGACGCACACGCUCUGCCACACACACACUCAAGAUUGCUCUAAACUCCAGCGCUGCGUCUCGGCUGACUCUCCCGCACCGCGCUCUGCUCUGGCUCUCCUUCAUCCACCUGCUGGAGCUCCAGCGUCUGCCCUCGUCUCUGUUCGACCCCGCAGACUCCAACCCGUCCCGCACCGUCAGCACAGAGCCCUUCCUCAUCCCCUGGAGGCCCGCGCAGGACACACACACACCUGCGGAGCAGCUCAUCCAGCUGUUCACAGAUGCGCUGGCCCGCUGUACAGAUGAGGGUUUGUCCUCCGCUGAGCAGAUUCAGGCCUGCUUUCCUCUCCAUUCAAACUUCAUUCACCUGCUCCAGCACCUGCACAGGUGUGACGAGGCAUUAGCGCAGUGUGAGCGUCUGCUAGAGGUGUGCCCCCUCUACUGCCCUCUGCUGGAGGUCACUGCGGCGCUGCAGCCCGAUGGAGCCGCUGAGCUGUGGAUGAACACACACUCGCAGCACAGCACCAGCGCACACCUGUUCUACCAGCUCAGCAGGUGUCUGCAGACACAGGGCAAGCUCAGUGUUCUGGAGGAUCUGUUCGGCCGCUUCAUGCGCUCCCUCUGCCAGUCUGUGCCGGAGCAGAUCAGGCCUCUGGAUGUCCUGCGACACAUUCUGGGGGUCCCGACUGAUCUGAGGGCACCCGUCCUGAAGGAGGACCUGCAGGAGGAGCUCAAAGACCAGCUGCCCUACCUGCAUCUGCUGCACUGCCUCUGGCAGGUGGUGUACGGCAAUGUUCGAGAGGCUGUGGAUGCGUUUGAGAAGGCGUUGGGAGCGGUGACGCAGCUGGAGCUCAUUCACACACUCUGGCUGGACUACCUGUCCUUCAGCCGGCAGCAGGUGUGUUCUCCGCAGCCGAGUGCCCGCGAGCUGAAGAUGUUCAGUUCUCUGGUUCUCCGCUGUCUGCAGACGGUGCCCGUGCGGCUCCUGGUGCCCUUCAGCUCUGCGCAGUACUGGAGCAGCUACAGCUUCCACAACCAGGUGGUUUCCUUCUAUCUGGGUUGCUUCCCGAAGUCCCAGCAUUCCUUGAUCCUGGAGAAACUCCAGCACAUCAUGCCCACCAACACUGAUCUGGCUAUCAGGUUGCUGCAGCAGGAAUGGCAGGAUGGAAAUAUUGAACAUUUUAAAUUGCAGAGCAGAAUGUUGUGCAGUAGCUUCCCGACCUGUCUGGCCAUCUGGAAAAUGUAAUGUUCUCUGAGGUCACACGACACGAUUGAGCCCUAAAACCCUCCACCUGUUGGACUGUGCUCCAGAACACACACGCUUGUGACUCCAAGGCUUUGGCUUUAUUAAAAGUGCUGCACAGGUGAAUGAUAAAGGUGUGUGAUGCCCAGCGGAGGGCAUUCAAUGUCUUCUGUUGCAUUGCCAGCAGAAGCUGAGCGUGACGUUCAUUUGUCUCGAUUUAUGUGUCUUGAACAGAUGCGUCUCCAAUGGAUGUGUCUCCAUCAGCUAUAAAUGCUGAGUAGUAAGUGCAGCCUUGAAUGUUUGAGAUCCUCCAAGCGUGUUGCAGUUUUUAUUGGUCAGUUUCUCCUCUGCGGUUCCUCUGGAACACCAUCAGUAUGGAUCAGUGUUUUCAGCUCUGCCAGAGGUGUUCAGUAGGGGUUGAGGUCUAAGCUCUGGGUGCUCCAGCUCAUGCUUCGAGGUGUCCUGCAGACACUGCCCUGCUGGAGAUGAAGCAUGGCCAGCCUAAGCCCAGAGAUCUCCUGUUCAUCAGGGAUGCUUCUAUAUCUUCAUCCUGAUGAGUGUCCAGCUCCUGAAGAGCAGCUGACACUGCAGGACCACUGCAGGAAUGAAGAGCGCCCCUGCUGUCCUCCAGCGGUGUUCAUCAGACAGAGGAUCGUGUUCCUCUGAGAGUCUUCAGGAGCCUUUAGCCAAGCUGCCUGUGCUUUUCUGUGGGCUGUUCUCCUCCUGGAGCUCUCUAGCAAACCCCAAUCAGACUCUUCUACACACAGCCGGGGUUCUGAAACGGACUCCUUCAGCCCUGAUGUGGGGUUCAGGAGUGUGGAGGUUGCAGUGCUGUCUGAUGGAGAUCUGCUGGUUUGCCUAAACAGCAGUGUUUCUCCUGCAGAGUUUAUCUUCAUCCACUCCAACACACUCCUGCAGUCUGUCUGAAGGCCUGAUCUGCUAAUUUGGGAGUGUUUGAGCAGACAGAAGCUCUUCAGCUGCAGGUUUAUCCAGGUCACACAGGAGCACCAGCGGGAUCAGCAGAUGAGCUUCAGCUUCUC